CGUAGGGGGGCGCUGCCGCCCUUGCCGGCCGCUGGCUCGCAGCUGGCGGUCCCCGCGGCAGGGCGCGCCGCUCCCGCAAAGAUGUCGGUGUGCCACGGCCAACGCCCGGCUCGGCCCGGGACCCGGCUCACUUGGCUGCUGUGCUGCAGCGCCCUACUGACCCCGGCUGCGGGCUACGUGAUCGUGAGCUCGGUUUCCUGGGCCGUCACCAACGAGGUGGACGAGGAGCUGGACAGCGCCUCCACCGAGGAAGCGCUGCCCGCGCUGCUGGAAGAUUCGGGCAGCAUUUGGCAACAGAGCUUCCCGGCCUCGGCGCACAAGGAAGACGCGCACCUGCGGCCCCGGGCGGGAGGCGCCCGUGCCAGGCCGCCCCCUGCGCCGCCGGGAAUGUUUUCCUACCGCCGGGAGAGGGGCCCAGCGACCGGCGCAGCCCCUGACCCGAGGCUGCGCGCCAGCACCGCCCGCUCCCUGGCCCACGCCAGCGCCUGGGGCUGUCUGGCCACUGUGUCUGCCCAUGAACAGAUCCAAGGACUGCCCUUUGGAAACUGCCUUCUCAUCAGUGAUGGCCCCUUCAACAACAGCACUGGGAUUCCUUUCUUCUACAUGACAGCCAAGGACCCUGUGGUGGCCAACCUGGUGAAGAACCCCAUGGCCUCGCUGACGCUGCCAGAAUCUGAAACGGAGUUUUGCAGAAAGAACAUCGUGGACCCAGAGGAUCCCCGAUGCGUGCGGCUGACGCUCACUGGCCGGAUGAUGGUGGUGUCUUCGGAGGAAGUAGAAUUUGCCAAGCAGGCCAUGUUCUCAAGGCACCCAGGGAUGAGGAAGUGGCCUCGUCAGUAUGAAUGGUUCUUCAUGAAGAUGAGGAUAGAGCACAUAUGGCUUCAGAAAUGGUAUGGAGGAGUGGCUGACAUUUCAAGAGAAGAAUAUUUCAAAGCAGUCCCCAGAAAGGAUUAACACAGUAAAAAGAGAAUCUUCAGUGUUUGCAUUCAAACAAAAACCUUCUGAGUGAUGCCACCAGUCCUGCUCCUGGCUGCUGCCACUUUGUCGGAGAGUUCUUGGCAGUUCUGCCAGCUCUUGCACAGAAUGAGAGAGAGGGACUGAGGAAUCUCACACUGGACCUGAGAAUCAAGUGGCCAUUUAUAGACCACUCCAUGCAA